AUGGCUGGCGGAAAGGGCAAGUCCUCGGGAGGCAAAAGCUCCGGCGGCAAGACUUCCGGGUCAGAUGGCCCCAAGAAGCAGCAGAGCCAUUCGGCGCGCGCCGGUCUGCAGUUUCCCUGCGGCCGUGUGAAGCGUUUCCUCAAGCAGAACACGCAGAACAAGAUGCGCGUCGGUGCCAAAGCCGCUGUUUAUGUCACUGCUGUACUGGAGUAUCUUACCGCUGAAGUGCUCGAACUGGCUGGGAACGCUGCCAAGGACCUCAAGGUCAAGCGCAUCACCCCCCGCCACCUUCAGCUAGCCAUCCGCGGCGACGAAGAACUUGAUACCCUUAUUCGUGCCACCAUCGCCUUCGGUGGUGUGCUACCGCACAUCAACCGAGCUCUUCUCCUCAAGGUCGAACAGAAGAAGAAGGCCAAGGCCGCGGAGGCAUAG